GGUGAACUCUAGUUUUUAAAGAAGUCAUAAUGCAUCUGGAAGGCUAUCACUUAGAAUCAUAGAAUCAUAGGGUCGGAAAGGACCUUGGAGGUCUUCUAGCCCAACCCCCUACCAAGGCAGGAGUCCUCAUACCAUCUUGGACAAAUGGUUGUCCAAUCUUGUCUUGAAAACCUCCAGGGAUGGAGCACCCACAACUCCGGGAGGCAAGCUGUUCCACUGCUUAAGAGUUCUCACAGUCAGGAAAUUCCUCCUUAUUUCCCAGUUGGAUCUCCCUGAUGAGCUUCCCCUCAUUGCUUCUUGUCCUACCCUCAGGUGCCAUGGAGAAUGCAUGGACGCCCUCUUCCCAGUGGUAGACCUUCAAGUACUGGAAGACUGCUAUCACGUCUUCCUUCAGUCUUCUCUUUGUUAAGCUAACCAUACCCAGUUGCUUUAGCUUGGGAAAAGCACAGAUUACAGAUCACAGCUGAUUAUGCACGAGAGGACCUACACCAGCAAGAAGCCCUACCAGUGUUCUCGAUGCAGCAAAAGCUUUAGCAAGCACGCCACCCUGGUGAAUCACAAGAGGACUCACACUGAGAAGAAACUGUAUGAGUGUCCAGAUUGUGGGAAAAGUUUCAGUUGGAAUUAUGAACUGGUGAUACACCAGAGGAUUCACACAGGAGAGAAACCCUAUGAGUGUCUGGAUUGUGGGAAAAGUUUCAGUUGGAAUUAUGAACUGGUGGUACACCAGAGGACUCACACAGGAGAGAAACCGUAUGAGUGUCCUGAUUGCGGGAAAAGUUUCAGUCACAAUUCCAAUCUGGUGAAACACCAGAGGAUUCACACAGGAGAGAAACCGUAUGAGUGUCCAGACUGUGGGAAAACUUUCAGUCGGAAGUCCGACUUGGUGGUACACCAGAGGACUCACACAGGAGUGAGACCCUAUGAGUGUCCAGAUUGUGGGAAAAGUUUCAGUCACAAUUCCAGCCUGUGGAAACACCAGAGGACUCACACAGGAGAGAAACCGUAUGAGUGUCCAGGUUGUGAUAAAAGUUUCAGUCGGAAGUCUGACUUGGUGCUACACCAGAGGACUCACACAGGAGAGAAACCGUAUGAGUGUCCAGACUGUGGGAAAAGUUUCAGUCGGAAAUCCAACCUGCUGAUACACCAGAGGAUUCACACAGGAGAGAAACCAUAUGAGUGUCCGGAUUGUGGGAAAGGUUUCAGUCACAAUGCCAGCCUGGUGAUACACCAGAGGACUCACACAGGAGAGAAACCGUAUGAGUGUCCGGACUGUGGGAAGGAUUUCAGUACUAGGUCUAGCCUUAUAAAUCAUGCAGGUUUACACACAGGGGAAAAACCGUUCAAAUGCCCAGACUGCGGACAAAGCAGAGACUGUAGAUCAUGGCUGAUUAUUCACGAGAGAGUCCACACCAGAGAAAAGCCAUACAAAUGCUCUGAAUGUGGCAAAAGCUUCACUUGGAACAGGUCCCUGGUGGUUCAUCGAAGGACCCACACUGGAGAGAAGCCAUACCAGUGCUCUCAAUGUGGCAAAAGCUUUACCAGGUACGACACACUGGUGUACCACAAGAGGACUCACACCGGAGAGAAACCUUAUGAGUGUCCAGAUUGUGGGAAAAGUUUUAUUCAGAAUUCUGACCUGGUGAUACAUCAGAGGACUCACACAGGAGAGAAACCGUAUGAGUGUCCAGAUUGUGGGGAAAGUUUCAGUCGGAAUUCCAGCCUGGUGAUACAUAUCAGGAUUCACACAGGAGAGAAACCAUAUGAGUGUCUGGAUUGUGGGAAAGGUUUCAUUCGGAAUUCGGACCUGGUGAUACACCAGAGGACUCACACAGGAGAGAAACCAUAUGAGUGUCCAGAUUGUAGGAAAAGAUUCAGUGAGAAUUCCAGCCUGGUGAAACACCAGAGGACUCACACAGGAGAGAAACCAUAUGAGUGUCCAGAUUGUGGGAAAAGUUUCAUUUGUAAUUCCCACCUGGUGAUACACCAGAGGACUCACACAGGAGAGAAACCGUAUGAGUGUCCAGAUUGUAGGAAAAGUUUCAUUCGUAAUUCCCACCUGGUGAGACACCAGAGGACUCACACAGGAGAGAAACCGUAUGAGUGUCCAGAUUGUAAGAAAAGUUUCAUUCGUAAUUCCCACCUGGUGAGACACCAGAGGAUUCACACAGGAGAGAAACAGUAUGAGUGUCCGGAUUGUGGGAAAGAUUUCACUUGGAAGUCCGACUUGGUGAUACAUCAGAGGACUCACACAGGAGAGAAACCGUAUGAGUGUCCGGAUUGUGGGAAAAGUUUCAGUUGUAAGUCCAACCUGGUGACGCACCAGAGGACUCACACAGGAGAGAAACCGUAUGAGUGUCGGGAUUGUGGGAAAAGUUUCAGUUGUAAUUCCCACCUGGUGAUACACCAGAGGACUCACACAGGAGAGAAACUGUAUGAGUGUCCAGAUUGUGGGAAAAGUUUCAGUUGGAAGUCCAACCUGGUAAUCCACCAGAGGACUCACACAAGAGAGAAACCAUAUGAGUGUCCGGAUUGUGCGAAACAUUUCAGUUGGAAGUCCAGCCUGGUGAUACACCAGAAGACUCAUGCAGGAGAGAAACCGUAUGAGUGUCUGGAUUGUGGGAAAAGUUUCAGGCAGAAUUGUCACCUGGUGAUGCACCAGAGGACACACGCAGGAGAGAAACCGUAUGAGUGUCUGGAUUGUGGGAAGAGUUUCAGUAAGAAGUCCAGCCUGGUGAUACACCAGAGGACUCAUGCAGGAGAGAAACCGUAUGAGUGUCUGGAUUGUGGGAAAAAAUUCAGGCAGAAUUGUUACCUGGUGAUGCACCGGAGGACACAUGCAGGACAGAGACUGUAUGAGUGUCCAGAGUGUGGGAAAAGUUUCGGACGGAAAUCCAAACUGAUGAUACACCAGAGGACGCACACAGGAGAGAAACUGUAUGAAUGUCCGGAUUGUGGGAAGGGUUUCAGUCAGAAUUCCAGUCUAGUAAUACACCAGAGGACUCACACAGGAGAGAAACCAUAUGAGUGUCUGGAUUGUGGGAAAAGUUUCAUUUGGAAUUCCAGCCUGGUGAAACACCAGGGGACUCACACAGGAGAGAAACCCUAUAAGUGUCCAGAUUGUGGGAAAAGUUUCAGUCGGAAGUGCAACCUGGUGAUGCACCAGAGGACUCACACAGGAGAGAAACCAUAUGAGUGUCCAGAUUGUGGGAAAAGUUUCAGUCAGAAUUCCAUUCUGGUGAGACACCAGAGGACUCACACAGGAGAGAAACCAUAUGAGUGUCCGGAUUGUUGGAAAGAUUUCCGUUGGAAGUCUGAUCUGGUGAUACACCAGAGGACUCACACAGGAGAGAAACCAUAUGAGUGUCCGGAUUGUGGGAAAGAUUUCCGUCUUAGGUCUAGCCUUAUAAAUCAUGUAGGUUUACACACAGGGGAAAAACCGUUCAAAUGCCCAGACUGUGGACAGUGCUUCAUGCAAAAUUCCUCCCUUAUCAGACACAAGAAAAUCCACAUGAGGCAGAAGGUGAUGAGUGUAGAGAAGGCUUGAAUUUCCCUUCUCAUUUCCCAUUGGAUAUCAAGCUGAAAAGUUCAGUAUUUAAUUUCUGGCCUAAUUCUUUUUAGUCAAACAAGUCUCAGUAUUAGGCAUGAGGGAGAAGAGAAAAAAAUGGAAAAUGUUAGUUUGAGAAAGGCUUACGGCAUGAAUCUGGCUAUCAGCAGAACUUCCCAGUAAGCUGGUGCAGGUCCAUGAAAAAAAGAUAGGAACACUCAGAUUUUAUGAAUAGAUUAGAUUAGGGACAUUUAUGGUAGUGAUAAAAGCCCUGUAAAGUUUCAGAUGGAAAGGCUCUUCUGCCUUGCAGUUGCACAUGACGGAUAAGAGCUGCAGGAGUAUUGAACUCAAGAAAAAAGGCACUGUGGUUUUGAGUGUAAGAUCUUCAGGUUUAGGCGCUCAGUUCUACUCCUGCCUAAAGCACAAAGCCAGCUGGGUGACCUUGGGCCAGUCCCUCUCUCCCAGCCCUAGGAAGCAGGCAAUGGCAAGCCACUUCCAAAAAUCCUUGCCAAGAAAACUGCAGGGACUGGUAGAGCUGGAAAGUUGUGAGCAAGCUUUCAUAUUCACCAGAAAUCUUGAGGGCGGGGUGCUUCUCCCAAUGCUUGUAGUCAGGACACUCCAAACCAGCCUUUCUCAACCUUUUGACCCCAGUAAUUUCUUGAAAAAUGCACUUCUCCCUCCUCUCCGUUCAAUAUAGCAUCCACCUGUUAUCAACAGUCCCCUAUCUCGUGUCAAAAAUUGAAUGGAUUCAACUAAAUAAACAGUCCUACAGUGCAGUACCAGAGGGCUCAGAAAGUUGUUUUUGUUUGGUCUCUGCUCAUCACUGCAAGAGCACAUUGCCCGAAUUUGAAAUAAUUUUUCAAUUAAUCAUGAUCUGCUAGGGAACCCCUAGUGGUUAGGCUAGGGUUUCUCAACCUGGGUUCCGUGGUACCCCGGGGGUCUGCAGGAGGUCAUGAUUUAUUUAAAAAAUCAUUUCACCUGUUAUCAACAGUCUCUUGCGUCAAAAAUUAAGAACAGAUUGAACUAAAGAGAGAGUCCUACGGUGCACUACCAGAGAGCUCAAUUUUUUUAAAAAUUAUCUGCCGGGGAACCCCUAGUGGUUAGACCAGAGUUUCUCAACCAGGGUUCGGUGGAACCCUUGGGUUCUGUGAGAGGUCAUUAGAGGUUCCCUGGCAGAUCAUGAUUUAUUUAAACAAUUAUUUCACAUUUCGACAACGCGCGCUCGCAGUGAUGAGCAGAGACCAAACAAAAAUCUAGGCAGAACUCCUUCUGAGUUCUCUGGUAGUGCGAGGGAGGGAGGGAGGAACAGGAAGGGAGGAAUAUAUUGAAGGAGGGGGAGGGAGAAGUACAUUUUGGACUCACCUAACGUAGGCUGUGUUGUCAGUCUCUCCCUCCCAUAUCUUUUCCCCACAGUUUUCCUGUACAGGUAGUCCUCGCUUAACAACCACAAGUAGGACCAGAAUGUUGGUUGGUAAG